AUUUACAUAUAUAACGGCCUCAUUCGAACUCUAAGUUUAAAACCCUAAAUCGCUUACGGGAGCCCCACCGGAGGAAGAGCCAGAAGCGGCAUUGUUCACAUCGGCGGCCCGGGAGAGCGAGUUCAUCGAAGAUGAAGUUCAACAUCGCAAAUCCCACCACUGGGUGCCAGAAGAAGCUAGAAAUCGAUGACGACACCAAACUCCGAGCGUUUUGGGACAAGAGGAUCUCACAAGAAGUCAGCGGAGAUGCGCUUGGCGAUGAGUUCAGGGGCUAUGUAUUUAAAAUAAUGGGAGGCUGUGACAAGCAAGGCUUUCCAAUGAAGCAAGGAGUGCUGACUCCUGGCCGUGUUCGUCUUUUGCUUCAUCGAGGGACCACUUGCUUCCGCGGUUACGGCAGGAGGAAUGGAGAGCGGAGAAGGAAGUCUGUUCAUGGGUGCAUUGUUAGUCCAGACCUGUCGGUUCUGAAUUUGGUUAUUGUGAAGAAAGGUGAGGAUGACCUUCCUGGACUGACUGAUGUUGAAAAGCCUAGAAUGAGAGGUCCAAAGAGGGCAUCAAAGAUCCGGAAGCUGUUCAACCUUUCCAAGGAUGAUGACGUUCGGAAGUAUGUCAACACAUACCGUAGAACAUUCACAACCAAGUCAGGCAAGAAGUGUAGCAAAGCUCCCAAGAUUCAGAGGCUGGUGACUCCUCUGACCUUACAAAGGAAGCGAGGAAGGAUCGCAGAGAAGAAAAAGAGAAUUGCAAAGGCUAAGGCAGAGGCAGCCGAGUAUCAGAAACUUCUUGCCACUCGCUUGAAGGAGCAGCGUGAACGACGGAGUGAGAGCUUAGCAAAGAGGAGAUCUAAGCUCUCUGGAGCUUCUAAGCCAUCUAUUGCUGCUUAGAUCACUAAGAUGCAAUAUUUGAUAUUUUUGUUGAGUUUGAUCUUACCUGGAUCAUAGAUGGGCUUGAUGUUGUUUGGACUGUUCUUGGAUUGCAAGAAUGUCAUUUGGAUGUUCUGUUGCUCCUAAUAUGCAUUACACUAGAAGUUUUGUUUGCUUUUAUAAUGUUGAGGGUCUGAAUAUAUUAAUGAGGAUUGUUUCUAGCU